AUGCUAAAUUUCACCUUUGUCCGAAACAAAGAAGCACUAUACCUUUGUCCAUCAUGUUGGUGGGCUUUCCUUCCGGAAAAGACUCGUGAUUGCCUGGGUCGAAUGUGUUGGGGGGAGGAGCUGGAGAAACCACUGUUGGCGGGAGGUGAACGAGUCUACAGGAGAAUAUACUAUGAUUAUGGUGCAAAUGGGAGAAUUGAAACCCUAGGAGCCAAACCCAACCCGAAUAUCAUUUUACAGGUACUGGAGCCAUCAGAAAUUCAUUUUGCUAAUGGAGUGACCCAUUGCUUUAUUCAAUAUAAGUAUAUAGUUUUUGAGGAUCUUGACAAAUUAAUAGCUGAAUUUAAGCAUUCCAUGGAGCUGAAAGUUUCUUCUCCAAAGCCGGGUCUUUCACCUUCUGAUUGUCUCAGUGAUCCUGAGGAGAAGGAAGUUAGUGAAUGUGAAGAUGAAGACGAUGAUCGUAACCAUAAGCAUCGUAAAAAGGAGACUCAUUCUCAAUCUCUAGGGCUGGAUGAAGUUUUUACUAGAACAUAUAGGAAAAGAAAUAAGCCCUUUGAAAAUGGUUACACAUGUGGUGGAUGUGAUUCUCAAUCAGGGGGUACAUUAUCUGGGAGGUUUGAGAAGCGACGUCCAAACCCAACCUCUUGUUCUAGUGUAGAUUUGAAGUAUAGGAACAAGGGGAACCAAUCAAUGUCAGGUGAAGCUGUUCCUGUUAGGGGUAGGGGAAGGGAACUUAGUUCCUGGGGACUCUGUGAUUCCAGGCUUGGCUCUUCUGAUAUUGCGUCACAACUGGUUCAGCCCGGUACUAUGCAUUCUAGUAUCUUUUCAGGGAGGGGGCUUCCAAACAUUUCUAAUGCACAUAGUACAUCUUGGAAUGCAUUUGGACUGGUUCCAGGGAUAUCUAAUGGUGCCCUCGAUGCACUUCACCCCCUAGUUGUUGAAGAUGUUCAGUCCCUUUCGCAAUUCAAUCUCCCCGUUUCACUUCCUGGCUCACAGCGUCUUGUAACUCCUGCUGGACAAGGCACUCUACCUGCAGUUAAUGUACCUGCUCCUUCUGGCACAUUAAUGAAUGGCAGAGCUUCAUAUGGAAAAAGUAGCAAGGUUGCAAUGACUGAUGAUGGUUUGGGCCUGAAUGAUGGUUUUAUUGGUGGUCCUAUGACAGGAGGUUCUGACGUCUAUGAUCCUGACCAGCCUUUAUGGACCAAUGAUCAUACUGAAACACCAGCAGCAGUCCUAGCACUUAAUCGUUCCAAUGUGGAUGAGACAAAGUCUUUCUUGGAUACUGAUCCCUCCAAUCAUCAAUUGGUUGGGUUUUCAGCAGUAUUUGAUGAUGAGCGUGCAACCAGGAAUGCUGCUACUGCUGGAUCCCAAAAUUCAUCUGUGUGGGGAAGAAUAGACAGGUCACGAAAUAGAUCAGGACUAAAGGAGAAAAUCAAUUCUUCAAUGACUUACUCUAAUCUUGAAACUGAGAGCAAAGAUCUGGAACCUUUAAUCACUGGUUCUCGAGAUGCUUCAGAUCAUGGUAAAAAGAUGAAUGUGAAUCUAAAUGGUCCUCAAUUUAAGGAAAUGUCUUUCAAGCAACAAAGUGAAUCUGGACAUGAUGUCCGAAAGCCAUCUCAUAAGGCACUUCGCACCCUAUUUGUCAAAGGCAUUCCUCUGAAAGAUAACAGAAAGGAGGCUCUUCUUUCACAUUUUCAAAAAUUUGGUAGGGUCAUUGACAUUUAUAUCCCCUUUAAUAGCGAACGAGCUUUUGUCCAAUUCUCUAAGCGGGAAGAAGCAGAAGCUGCUUUUAAGGCACCUGAUGCUGUAAUGGGUAAUCGAUUUAUCAAGCUCUGGUGGGCAAAUAGGGACAACAUUCCUGAUGAUAGAGUAAGUGGCAGCAGUAAUGUACCCACUACUCCCCGUGGAGUAACACAUUGUCCGGCUCUUCCCCAUCCAUCUGCUCCUGACAAAGGAAAGGAAAAUUCUCAUUCUGUAGGUGGCAAGGACUGUAAUGCCCAUCCUUCUGUUGCUCAAGUGCUAGCUCAUGAUCAUCACAGGCCUGUUGUUUCCAGUAGUCCCAAAGGCCCACCUUUUUUACAAAACAAGCUGGAGAGUUUAGAGGUUUUGAAGGAAGAACUCCGUAAGAAGCAGCUGAUGCUUGAUCAGAAACGAAAUGAUUUCCGGUGCCAGCUGAACAAACUUGAGAAACAGGCUACAGGCUUCAAAGAUGUAUCAUCAGAUUCGGCCACCAAAAGACUUGUAGGGGAAGCACUAGCUGAUCCUGUGGAAGCUGAAACCUCCGGAUUAACACCAAGAGCUAAUGUGGUUGCUGGAAAAUCUGCCGAGUAUGCUACGCCAAAUAGUUCCACUUCAAAUCCUACUGCAUCUGUGCAGGAACCUCCUAGUUCGAGACCUUUAAUUUGUCCACUGGCCCCUGUAGGGGCACGGGCACCGUUUUUGAUCAAUAGGUUCAAACUGGACAAUCGCCCUACCGCAUUCAAAGUUGUUUUGCCCUUACCUGAUGGCCUUGCGAAUGUUGCUGCUUUAGAGGAACACUUCUCUAGUUAUGGGGAUCUUUCCUCUGUGGAACUGGAAGAGUCUGAGCCUCAAGAAACUAGUAAUGCUUCGCUGCGAUCAAAUGCUGGAGCUCGUGUCUCUUUUACGACACGGCAUUCUGCUGAGAAGGCAUUCUUGAAUGGGAAAUGCUGGCAAGGCCACAAUUUGCGGUUUAUGUGGAUUACUUCUAGUAAUUCUAGCAAAAACAUUGGUGGUGCCGGAAAUUCUUCAACUCUUCCUGAUACGCAUUCAGAUGCUAAUUUUCAAUCUGGUGGAGAAGCUGUUACGUCAAGUAAUUCUAGCAAAAACAUUGGUGGCUCUGGAAAUUCUGCAGCUUCUUCUGAUAGUCCUUCGGGCGCUAAUAUUCAGUCUAGUGGAGAAGCUACAUCUGCUCAUGAUAAAACUUCUUCCUUAGGCAGUGUUGAAUAUGAAAAUCCAACAAAAGAAAGUGAUUUAGAUUUUGUAAAUCAGGGCAAAGAUUCCAAGUUGUACAGUGAGGACAUGCAGAUAGGAAUUCUACAACUGUCAGCCAUUGGCACCUGUAACAGAUCAUGUUAUUUCGAGGAAAGUACAUUUAACUCCUACAGAAGCUAA